UCUGGAGGCAGCUGUGUCAGUGCGUUUCUCCUGGGACCAGAAUAAAGGGGAACUCUUUCCCCCUCCUGGCUUCAGCUGGGACUGGGUGAAAUGCCUUUGGUCUUUGCAGCAGCCCCCCUGCAGAAGCCACGUCAGCCUGUCCUUAAGGACAGAGCCUGGAGCUUCUCCUGGGCUCUGGAUGGAGGCUGAUCCGUCUGACUUUAACAUUGAUGCCCCCCGUUGGGACCAGUGCACUUUCCUGGGGCGGGUGAAGCACUUCUUCAAUAUCACGGACCCCCGCACAGUCCUGGUACCAGAGCGGGAGCUGGACUGGGCCAAAGUGAUGGUGGAGCAGAGCAGGAUGGGGACUGUGCCCCCGGGCACCCAGGUGGAGCAGCUUUUCUAUGCUAAGAAGCUGUACGACUCGGCCUUCCACCCUGACACUGGGGACAAGAUGAAUGUCAUUGGGCGGAUGUCCUUCCAGGUCCCUGGCGGCAUGAUCAUCACGGGCUUCAUGCUCCAGUUCUACAGGACGAUGCCAGCAGUGAUCUUCUGGCAGUGGGUGAACCAGUCCUUCAAUGCCUUAGUCAACUACACCAACAGGAAUGCGGCUUCCCCCACGUCGGUCAGGCAGAUGGCUGUUUCCUACAUCACAGCCACAACCACCGCAGUGGCCACUGCUGUGGGCAUGAACAUGUUGACAAAGAGAGCCCCGCCCCUGGUGGGCCGCUGGGUGCCCUUUGCCGCUGUGGCUGCAGCUAACUGUGUCAACAUCCCCAUGAUGCGCCAGCAGGAACUCAUCCAGGGAAUCUCUGUGAAGGACAGGAACCACAAUGAGAUCGGUCAUUCCCGGAGAGCUGCAGCCAUAGGCAUCACCCAAGUGGUUAUUUCUCGGAUCACCAUGGCAGCCCCUGGCAUGAAAGGGGAAGUGUCACAGCCUUUUGCCUGCCUCUUCCAGUUCUGCUGCCGGUCCUCAUGGAAAGACUGGAGAAGCUGCGCUUCGUGCAGAGAGUCCGGGUUCUGCACGCCCCUUUGCAGGUUCUGCUGUCCGGGUGCUUUCUUAUCUUCAUGGUGCCGGUGGCGUGUGGGCUGUUCCCGCAGCAAUGUGAAUUGCCGGUUUCCUAUCUGGAACCUGAGCUCCAGGACACCAUCAAGGCCAAGUACAGAGAACCUGUGCCUUAUGUCUACUUCAAUAAGGGCCUCUGAAGGCCUCACCCCAGCACGGACCAGUCCACAUACCAGCUCACAGAGAACCUGUGCCUUAUGUCUGCUUCAGUAAGGGCCUCUGAAGGCCUCACCCCAGCACGACCAGUCCAUACACCAGCUGUGGAUUCCUGUGCCUCAUUCAUUCCUCUUUGCUGACAGGGCCUGCAGGCCAGGGUGGAUUCGGGGGCAAGGGUGGCAGUGGGAGGAUGCCUCAUGCUUCUACCCAGGUAUCUGGGUUUAUUGGACUCCAGGGGAUAAAAGUGACCAAGGGGAGAGAGGCCAAGGCUUCUAUCUGCUCUUCCCGAACCCCCAUCUUCUGGAGACCAGGAGCUGAGGCCCCCUCAGGGAGAAGGUGCUAGGUCCUGAGGGUGACGCUCAAGUAAACCGUUUGGAAUAAAUUAGGAAACCUGAGAUUCUGGUUCCAGCUUGGGUUGAAGAAGGGCCCCCCUUCUCUUCCUCCUCAUCUGUUCUCAGUCAAGGGCACCCUUCCCGCCGGGGGGUGGGGGGGGUGUGUGUGUGGUUCUGGCUCCCUCAGAAAGAGGGUGGGGAGAGGCUGGGUCACUUUGGACCUCCUCUUUGUUCUUGCCCACUCUCCUCCCCAGGGCCCCCUGGGCAGAAAGCUUCUUUGGGAGUCUUGCUAACCUUGAGAGUUUUUAUCAGGCACCCAGGAGUUUUUAGUGCCAACCCUCUCCCCCCUCCCAAAAAGAAACAGGACACAGUGAGGCAGCAGAGUUUCAUGGUGCUUCAGACCCUGUCUGUUGACACUGGCUUUGUUCUCCUAAAAUCAUUAUCUGAUUCUGCUUCUCUGUGUCUGAAAGAUAAAACCACUGACUGAGUAAAAAGGACAUAGGUACGCAUUAACCGCACGUUUCAGUGGGUAUAAUUUCCUGGCUGCCACCCUUCCUCAGCCCGUUGGGUUAAACACCAAAGAAAGACUGGUGUGGACUGAAUAGGAAAGGGAAGUUUUAUUUGGACGCCUCUGAGAGGAAACCAACCAGGACCAAAGAGCCUUAAAGGACACACGGCCAAGUGUAGCUACUCGCCCUUCCUCGCCAGGGUGCUCUAGGUUAUUUUGGAAGCCCCUGAGGGAGAGGGGGCUGCUGUAGCCAACCUGGGGCCAAUGUCUUUAUGAGUUUUGUCUAGUAGAAUUUACUGACUGAUCAAAGGGUAUCACUGUGAAUCGAAUACAUUUCUUGAAAGAGCACAAUGAACUGUCUGCACACUGAGUUAAUAAAACCUAGAUGGAAAGCAA